AUGGAAGAGCAAGCAAAAGACAUAUCUGGCCCAGAGCCGAUUGCAAUCAUUGGCAUGGGGUGUCGCUUUGCCGGCGAAGCAUCUUCUAUUGAAGGAUUUUGGGAUACACUGCGCCUGGGUCGAAGGGAGCAUGGGCGUGUUCCUGCUAGUCGUUACCAAGCAUCAGCCUGGGAACAUCCCAGUCACGAGCGCAAAGGGGCUAUCAAUCACGAUAGCGGCUUCUUUCUAGCCGAGGAUCCAUCCCGCUUCGAUGCACCCUGCUUUUCCAUCACGUCCAAGGAGGCUGCAGGCAUGGAUCCUGUUCAGCGCAUCCUGCUCGAAGUGGCGUAUGAAGCUUUCGAAAAUGGAGGCGUGCCAAUGGAAUCACUACCCGGUAGUGCUACCGGUGUCUAUAGCGGAUGCAUGACCAAUGACUACGAGCUGCUGUCAACCCGAGAUAUCAUGGACAUGCCACAUAACUCGGCGACAGGUAAUGGGAGAACUAUGUUGGCUAACCGCCUUUCAUGGUUCUUUGAUCUUCGUGGUCCCAGCAUCAUGCUUGACACGGCCUGUUCGUCCAGCUUGACGGCGCUGCAUCUGGCUACCCAGGCACUACGGGCAGGCGAAUGUAGCCAGGCGCUGGUCACUGGAGCAAGCCUGAUAUUGCAUCCGAAUUUUACCCAGCGGCUGUCGUACAUGCAUAUGCUCAGCGCCGAUGGUAUCAGUCAUUCUUUUGAUAGUAAAGCUAAUGGGUAUGGUAGGGGUGAGGGGUUCGGUGCAAUCUUGCUGAAACCCUUGUCCAAGGCCAUGGCAGACGGUGACGCGAUCAGAGCAAUCGUUCGUGCUACUGGCUCUAAUCAGGAUGGACGUACCCCGGGAAUCACCAUGCCGAAUGCGACCGCCCAAGCUGAUUUGAUCAGAUCAACCUAUUCUCAAGCUCGAUUAUCGAUGAGUGAUACGUCAUAUUUUGAAGCCCAUGGGACAGGGACAGCGAUUGGUGAUCCUACUGAAUUAUCUGCCAUUGGAGCAAGCUUUGGUGCCGAACGAAAGCCAGGCGAUGAGCCAGUUUACGUCGGAUCUGUGAAAAGUAAUCUAGGACAUACCGAGGGUGCUGCCGGGGUAGCCAGCAUUAUCAAAGUGGUUCUCUGCUUAGAGAAGGCGCUGCUUGUUCCUAACGCAGGCUUCUCGAACCUAAACCCUAAGAUCCGACUGGAGGAAUGGGGCUUGCGCUUAAGCAACACCACCACACCGUGGCCACCGCAUCUGUCGCAACGUGCAAGCAUCAACUCUUUUGGCUUCGGGGGUGCCAACGCUCAUGCUAUUCUUGAGAGCACAGCGCAGUAUCUUGGUAAGAAGCAAACUCUGUCCGACACCACAGAAGGGAUAGCCCAAGUCGUUGUGGUCUCUACGCAUGACCAAUCUGGGUUAGACCGUACGGCGGACAAGUGGAAGAACUUCCUCGAUUCAUCCGCGUAUGGUAAAAGAAAGGGCAUUUCAUUGCCAGAUGUAGCACACACCAUGGCUACACGGCGAUCCCAGCACCCGUUUCGCAGCUUCGCUGUGGUGGAUUCACUAGCAGAGCUGCGGGAUGUGAUGGCCGCGGGGUUGCCUACUUUUCCUCGGGCAAGCCGUAAGAACCAGACGCACCUCGCGUUCGUUUUCACGGGCCAAGGUGCCCAAUGGCCACGCAUGAGCGUCCAGCUAUUGACAAACCCUGUGUUUGCGGCCAGUAUAGAACGCAGUCAGCAGGUGCUGCGGAGUCUUGACUGCCCGUGGGAUUUGCUCGCGGAGAUCCGUGCGGAUGCAACGACUAGCCGCAUUAAUCGACCUGAUCGUAGUCAGCCCUGUUGUUGUGCUUUACAGAUUGCCUUGGUAGACAUGCUUCGGAGCUGGGGAGUGGCCCCCAAGGCAGUGGUAGGCCAUUCCAGUGGUGAAGUUGGGGCUGCCUAUGCGGCCGGCUACUUGACCCAUGAGGAUGCCAUUCGAGUCACUUAUUUCCGCGGUGUGCUAUCACAACGGAUUGCUGAAAGUGGGAGCCGCGGUGGUAUGCUCGCUGCUGGUAUUUCUGCCGCUGGUGCGCAGGGAUAUUUGCAGACCCUACCCCCAGGUUCCGUGGUGGUAGCUUGUGUGAACAGUCCAUCGAGUGUCACUCUAUCCGGCAACAUAGACGAGAUAAACCUGCUUGAGGGGCGCUUGCAAGCAGGCGGCCGUUUUGCGCGCAAGCUGCGCGUAGACACUGCCUACCACUCACCGCAUAUGAGAGAAUUGGCUGCCGACUAUAAAGCAGCCAUUGAAUCUGUUCAGCCGACCGACAGAUACAAUGGAUCCAUAGCUAUGUUCUCGUCUGUCAACAAAGAGCUCUUGCAGCCAGCAGAUCUAGACGCGGCAUACUGGGUGCGCAACCUGGUCAGUCCAGUCGAGUUUGCUGCGGCAGUCACCAAAGUUGUUACCAUGACCGAGGCCGGUAAAGGACGAGGGAGACGGCGAGUAGUCCCAGUCAAGUGGGCAAGCUUCUUGGAGAUUGGACCACAUGAAGCUCUAAAGGGGCCUUUCAAUCAAACCCUGCAGGAAGCCAAUGCUGAUAUGGCUUCCAUUCCUUACAGAAGUCUAGUGUUGCGCAAGCAGAACUCUCGGCAAACCGCCCUUGAAGCUGCCGGUCUCUUGUGGUGCUUGGGCUAUGCGAUCGAUCUAGAUACAGCAAAUCAGAGCUUUCUGGGAGGAAUAAGGCCACAAGUGAGCCGAGACCUUCCAUCUUACGCCUGGAACCAUCAGUCCAGCUUCUGGCACGAGCCAUUGGAAUCAGCCCGGCUGCGACAGCGCACAGAACCCCGUCACGACCUCCUCGCAGCUGGCAUGGUGUCCAUGGUUUCAGAGGCAGCACGUCAGCUUGCAGACACUACGAAGUGGUUAGAGGGGAUUGAAUUUUAUGAUCUUGACUUUUUCCGGGGAGUGGUAAUUCCCCCGGACGAACGGGGUCUAGAAGUGGUUCUCCAUGUGGCACCGCAUCGCGCCAUGAAUGGAUGGUAUGAAUUCGGCAUCUUCUCCUUGCCUGAGAAUUCAUCCUGGGUCCAACAUGCGAAAGGUGCCUUUGCUCCGCAGUAUGCUGAUGAAGAUGGGGUGGGGUGUGCUGCAGACUGGCAGACCACUGUACAACGAGUGCGACAGACGCAAGGUGUGGCAAAAAAGGCUGAGAUCGAAGCCGUCUAUGAAUGGCUUUCAGAAACCGGGGGCGUCAGUCUGGGACCGACCUUCCGGUCCAUGGCUGGCGUAGCCUUUGACUCAGGGUCUCGUCUGUACGCCACUGGAGUCGCACCAAAUACCAAGCAGACGAUGCCAUAUGAGCGUGAAUCUCCAUGUCUUAUCCAUCCCACCGCGCUGGAUACGCUCUUCCAGGGUGCCGUGUUGUCCUGCUCGGAUGCCCUGACCAACCACAACGCCAACAUUCCCGUGGGGGUUGAGCGUCUUUAUCUCUCGACGGACUUCUCCUUGCAGCCUGGUGACCGAUUUGAUGUGCAUGUCGAGACACGCUAUGAGAACGGCGUGUCACUUUCCGAGUCGAUCGCUUCGGACCCAUCCUGGCAGCAGCCUGGAGUGGUUCUGCAAGGGGUGCGAUUAGGUCGCGUGCCUACGCGGUCCAGCAGCUCGACCAAAGAGGAAAUCCAGCAAAGCCGGUUCUCGACUCUUCAUUGGGCUGAGCACUUAGAUUCUUUUUGUGGCCCAGAAGUCCGUCUAUCUGGUGGACUGAAGAGCUGGAUUGGCCGAGUCUGCCACACUCAUGGAGAUGCUCGCGUUUUGGUGGUGACUACCAGAAGCACGGAUCAAGUUCUUGAAGCUCUCGAGCCAUAUGCGCCAAGGUCCAGUCAUCGACCUCGACUACAGCAGCUCACCAUCGUUCUAUCUGACCCUGACACUGCGAGAUCAACUGACCAGGUCAAGGCCAUUCAGGAAUCUCUGGAAGGGUGUCGGGUUCUGUCAGUUGUCUCACUGCAGGAUCUAGACACGGAAUUGCUGGGAGAAGGCGCCUAUGAUGCGGUCUUAGUGGAUCAUCCGAAUAUCUGGAGAGGCGAUACUGCAAAAGCCCUGCUCGACUCUUUGCUUCCUAUGACUGGGCCAGAUUCUUGGAUUGCUGCUCGAGCGACUGAUGAAGAGCACGAUGCAGUAAUACGCAAUGCGGGCCAUGCAGACUGGGAAGUGCAGAGCUUGAUUGAUGAUACUGACUAUCUCCUCCUUCGCCGUCAACAUGCUCCAGUGAAGUUGGAUCCCACAGUUUACAUCUUGAGCAGCGCAGCGAAUGAGUCGGUUGGUCCUCUUUUGCAUGAGCUGGAUGGCGUUGUGGGCAACCUCGGCUCUAAGAUUGAGGUGGUAGAUAUCCAUAAGGCUUCAGAGAUGAAAGAUAAAACCAUCAUAUCACUGCUCGAGCUGCAGCGUCCGUGGAUAACGAACUGGGCGUCGAAUGAGAUCUCACGCAUUCGGUCCUUGUUGGAAGCAAAAUGUCUCCUCUGGGUGUCACAGUGCCCGGAGCACGAGGCGUCUGGCUAUGCAGGUUUUGGGGCUACAACUGGACUUUUGCGGACCUUACGCAAUGAAAACCCCCGUAUCCUGCUGCCUCAAUUGCUAGUUUCUGAACAGGACAAUGAUCCUCAUAGUCUGGCGCGCAGUAUCGCACACGUGUUGCAGCUAACAUUGCAGCCCCAAUCACGGCCGCAUGACUGGGAGUUCUAUGUGCAAGACAAUCGUCUGCUUGUUCCGCGAGCCGUCGCAACUGCUCCAGUGGAUGAAUGCAUGGAUGCGCUCUUACAUGGCCCGCGUCCUACGAUGGCAGAACUUGCGCAGGACUCGAGACCACUGCACCUCUGCAACAAGUCGCAGGAUAUCAGGGACGCUCGGUGGGAGCUGGACGACCGGUUGAAUACAGCUUUAGCCGGUGAUCUAGUUGAGGUGCAACUACACAAGGUGUCCAUCUGUGAGCCCACCGGCAAAGAUGGCAUCUCCCCAGAGGCACGUAUAGCGGCCAUCGAAGCAGUUGGGGUCGUACGCCAGGUUGGAGCAUCUAUCGGCUCAGCGUUCCAAGUGGGAGACGAAGUCUUGUGUGCCAUCCCCAGUGAUGCGUGGUCCAGUGCUUUAGCCACCCAUGUACGCCUUCCAGCAAGUGCCAUCUGGCAUUCGCCACUGCGCCAGAAUCAGGCAAAGUCGGUUUCCAUGCCAGUUGCAUUUGCAGCUGCCUACACCAGCCUCUUUGGCAGCUUCGGGGCUUCUGCUUCGUCGGUUCUCAUAGUUGGUUCAAUUAGCCAAACCUUGCGCGCCACGAUGGACUGUGCUCUGGCUGCUGGCAUGCAGGUGUACGUCGCGGUCGAUGGCGAUGGCGAGAAUGGUGUCAAGGAGUUGCUCUCCAAAUAUAAUGGGUUGCAUGAGAGAAUUAUUCCCAUCCAUAGGGAGCUUGAUACAACAGUCAAACGGCUGACCGGGGGCAAGGGGGUAGAGCUCAGCGUUUGCUGCCUGGGAGGUUCUGUCAGUCGACUUGCGGCGCGUUGCUUGGCUUACAGCGGCAGGCUGGUGGAUCUCAGCGAGGAGCUGAAUCUGGCUGCUCUACCUCAGACAUUUGUUGACCGUGGAUGCACUGUCAGUUCUGUGCGAUUAUCAAGAAUGCUUCGUGAAGCGCCCCGUCAACUACAGGCCAGCUUCCAUCGCGCAGUGGAUCUUCUCGGAUCAAAAGCCCUCACCAGCGUCCAAGCUUAUCCUUCCUUCCCUGUUUCCCAAAUUUCAGAUGCUGUUGCGCAUGCGCACGACAGUGGUACCCGUGUGAUCAUCGAUCUUCAGGCUCCAGGCAAGGUGCCAAUUGUGCCAGCUCUCCCAGAUUCUGCCCCUCUGCCUGCGGAGAAUACCUAUAUCCUGGUCGGUGGGCUCGGCACUCUCGGGAUUGCAAUAGCCAAUACGCUUGUCAACUGCGGCGCCCGUCAUCUCGUCUUCUUGAGCCGCUCUGGGGCUGUUCGGGAGACACAGCAGGUUGCACUGAAGGAGCUUCAAGACCGAGGUGUGCGUGCUGAUGUUGUGCAAUGCAACGCUGCCAGCCGGGAUGAGGUGCAAGGUUUGUUGACCCGAGCUGCAGAAAGUCGCUGGCGCAUUCGUGGUAUCGUACAAUGUGCAACUGUACUCAAGGACGGUAUGUUCGAGCACAUGGACUUCGACGCGUGGAAGCAAUCCACCGAGCCGAAGAUCCAAGGGACAUGGAAUCUCCACGAGGCGUUCUCCUCCACCCCGCUAGACUUCUUCGUGACACUGUCAUCAGUAGCCAGCAUAACCGGAAACAUGGGCCAGGCCAACUACGCAGCCGGAAACGGGUACAUGGACGCGCUGAUGACCUGGCGACGCAAGCACCACCUACCAGGACACAGCAUCAACAUCGGCCUAGUCCCAGACGCCAGCGGACUGGGCGACGUAGCCGAAACGCCCGAACAGCGACGCCAGCGAUACCGACACCUAGAGGGUACCGAGAUUCUGCAACAUGAGGUGCAAACUCUGCUUCGCGUGAUCGUCCAGAAAAUCACCCCAGUCCCGGCACAGGUCAUCGCCGGACUAACAGACACGCUACCACGCACCGACGGGGCAGCUUCGUGGCAAUUCGAUCGCAAAUUCGAUCACCGGAUUCAGGUUGUUGCUGAUGAGGAUGCAGGAGCUGGGGUGGCCAAGACCAGCACGUUGUUGAAGAAGGCGGAGUCCAUGGACGAGGCGGUGCGCGUCGUGAAUCAGGCACUGCAGGAGUAUUUGGCCAGGGCGAUGGCGUCGUCGGCGGAGGCUAUCGAUUUGGAGUUGCCUUUUUCGGCAUUGGGUGUUGACUCGCUCAAGGCUGCGGAGGUUCAGAACUGGGUCAGUCGUGAAAUGGGCGCAGAGUUAUCCUCGUUUGAGUUUAUUGGGGCACAGCCGGUGAGAGUGUUGGCGGAGAAGAUUGCGACGCUGAGUUCGUUUGUUACUGUUACGUAGGUUGCGUAGAAUGGCUCCUUGUUCAAUAUUGAAGUUGCAGUAGGCUAGAUAGGACGGAUUAUCAAUAUGUGAUUGCUAUGAAACACCACAAUAAACCAAAAAUG